UGGAUUUUUGCUCCUGCAUGUGUGGUGACUUGAUUUUUUCCCUUCGGAGAAGCCUCCUUUGCAGCAUUCCCCCUUCCGAGGAAUCACUUAGACACUUCCAGCUGGUGGCAGGGGAUACAGCCAUAAUACAGCUUCCUCUGUCCCAGCUGUCUUUUUCACUACGCUAAAUGCAUUACGAUGGCUGCACCCUCGUGUAAAGGUUCAGGUAGAGGGAGGUGUAGGAUGAAGUCUGGAGACCGCCGUUGGGGUUUUUAAGGCUUCAGCUUCCCCAGCAUCUUGGCAUUUUGAAUGUCUUCCUGCUUCGGGUCCAAGGUUUCUCUCCACUGAUUGAAAUGCUGCUGGAAGCCUGAUUAAAGGUGCCUAAAGAUAUCACCUUCUACCAGGAAGCCCUGCGUGCUUGAGAGGAUCCUUUUCAAUGCAUUAUGGCUCAUGCAGCCUCACAAUUAAAGAAAAACAGGGAUUUGGAAAUCAAUGCUGAAGAAGAGACUGAGAAAAAAAGGAAACACCGCAAACGGUCCCGGGAUCGGAAGAAAAAGUCGGAUGCCAAUGCAAGUUACUUAAGAGCAGCUCGAGCCGGACACUUAGAAAAGGCCCUUGACUACAUAAAAAAUGGAGUCGACAUCAACAUUUGCAAUCAGAAUGGGUUGAAUGCUCUCCAUCUUGCUUCCAAAGAAGGCCACGUAGAAGUUGUUUCUGAGCUGCUACAGAGAGAAGCCAAUGUGGAUGCAGCUACAAAGAAAGGAAACACAGCGUUGCAUAUAGCAUCUUUGGCGGGGCAAGCAGAGGUGGUAAAGGUCUUGGUUACAAAUGGAGCCAAUGUCAAUGCCCAAUCCCAGAAUGGUUUCACACCAUUGUAUAUGGCGGCCCAGGAGAACCACCUGGAAGUUGUCAAGUUUCUCCUUGACAAUGGUGCAAGCCAGAGCCUGGCCACGGAGGAUGGCUUCACACCGUUGGCGGUAGCUUUGCAACAAGGUCACGAUCAAGUAGUGUCGCUCCUGCUAGAAAACGACACGAAAGGAAAAGUGCGUCUUCCAGCUCUUCACAUCGCUGCCCGGAAAGAUGACACGAAAGCCGCCGCCCUGCUGCUGCAGAAUGACAACAAUGCGGAUGUGGAGUCGAAGAGUGGCUUCACUCCGCUCCACAUAGCUGCUCACUAUGGAAAUAUCAACGUAGCCACGUUGCUGUUAAACCGAGCGGCAGCCGUGGACUUCACUGCACGGAAUGACAUCACUCCUUUACAUGUUGCAUCAAAACGAGGAAACGCCAAUAUGGUAAAACUAUUGCUUGAUCGAGGAGCUAAAAUUGAUGCCAAAACAAGGGAUGGGCUGACGCCACUGCACUGUGGAGCGAGGAGUGGCCACGAGCAGGUGGUGGAGAUGCUGCUUGAUAGAGCUGCCCCCAUUCUCUCAAAAACCAAGAAUGGAUUGUCUCCACUGCACAUGGCUACACAGGGGGAUCAUUUAAACUGCGUGCAACUUCUCCUCCAGCAUAACGUGCCCGUGGACGACGUCACCAAUGACUACCUGACUGCGCUGCACGUGGCGGCCCACUGUGGCCAUUACAAGGUCGCCAAGGUUCUCUUGGACAAGAAAGCUAACCCCAACGCCAAAGCCCUGAAUGGCUUUACCCCUCUCCAUAUUGCCUGCAAGAAGAAUCGAAUUAAAGUAAUGGAACUCCUUCUGAAACAUGGUGCAUCCAUCCAAGCUGUAACCGAGUCGGGCCUUACCCCAAUCCAUGUUGCUGCCUUCAUGGGGCAUGUAAAUAUCGUGUCACAACUAAUGCAUCACGGAGCCUCACCAAAUACCACCAACGUGAGAGGAGAAACAGCGCUGCACAUGGCAGCUCGGUCCGGCCAGGCCGAAGUCGUGCGAUAUCUGGUGCAAGACGGCGCUCAGGUAGAAGCUAAAGCUAAGGAUGACCAAACCCCACUCCACAUUUCUGCCCGACUGGGGAAAGCAGAUAUAGUACAGCAGCUGUUGCAGCAAGGAGCAUCUCCAAAUGCAGCCACGACUUCUGGGUACACCCCACUGCACCUUGCAGCCCGAGAGGGGCAUGAGGACGUAGCCGCAUUCCUUUUGGAUCACGGAGCAUCUUUAUCUAUAACAACAAAGAAAGGAUUUACUCCCCUUCAUGUGGCAGCAAAAUAUGGGAAGCUUGAAGUAGCCAGUCUCCUGCUACAGAAAAGUGCAUCUCCAGAUGCUGCUGGGAAGAGCGGGCUAACUCCACUGCAUGUAGCUGCACAUUACGAUAAUCAGAAAGUGGCCCUUCUGCUUCUGGACCAAGGAGCCUCACCCCACGCGGCUGCAAAGAAUGGUUAUACACCACUGCACAUCGCUGCCAAAAAGAACCAGAUGGACAUAGCGACAACUCUGCUGGAAUAUGGUGCUGAUGCAAACGCAGUUACCCGGCAAGGAAUUGCUUCUGUCCAUCUUGCAGCUCAGGAAGGACAUGUGGACAUGGUGUCACUGCUCCUCAGCAGAAAUGCUAAUGUGAACUUGAGCAAUAAGAGUGGCCUGACCCCACUCCAUUUGGCUGCUCAAGAAGAUAGAGUGAAUGUGGCCGAAGUCCUAGUAAACCAGGGGGCACACGUGGACGUCCAGACAAAGAUGGGAUACACACCGCUACAUGUGGGCUGCCACUAUGGAAACAUCAAGAUUGUUAACUUCCUGCUCCAGCAUUCUGCAAAAGUGAACGCCAAAACAAAGAAUGGGUAUACGCCAUUACACCAAGCAGCUCAACAGGGACACACGCAUAUAAUCAAUGUCUUGCUUCAGAACAAUGCCUCCCCCAAUGAACUCACUGUGAAUGGAAACACUGCCCUGGCCAUUGCCCGGAGGCUUGGCUACAUCUCAGUGGUGGACACCCUGAAGGUGGUAACUGAAGAGACUGUGACCACGACUACUGUCAUAGAGAAGCACAAAAUGAAUGUUCCAGAAACGAUGAAUGAAGUUCUUGACAUGUCUGAUGAUGAAGUUCGUAAAGCCAACGCCCCUGAAAUGCUCAGUGAUGGCGAAUAUAUCUCAGAUGUUGAAGAAGGUAUUUGCGAAUUUUUAUUGUACCCUCCUAGUUCUUGUAUGACUCCAAAGGACAUGGCGUGUGUUCAGGAAAAAUUGUCAUUGCAGAAUAAGGUGGAAUCAAGAGUUAUUUGUGGCACUAGCAACCUCAGAGAUAAAGGCAUCAGUGGUUAUGCUAAUGAAGCAGAACUUGAUAGCCCAGAAGAGUUAGGGAAAAAGCGUAUCUGCAGGAUUAUCACUAAGGAUUUCCCCCAGUAUUUCGCAGUGGUUUCACGGAUUAAGCAGGAAAGCAAUCAGAUUGGUCCUGAAGGUGGAAUUCUGAGCAGCACCACUGUGCCCCUCGUCCAGGCUUCUUUCCCAGAGGGUGCUUUAACCAAAAGAAUUCGAGUGGGCCUCCAGGCCCAGCCUGUUCCAGAUGAAACUGUGAAAAAGAUCCUUGGAAACAAAGGAACAUUUAGCCCAAUUGUCACUGUGGAACCAAGAAGAAGGAAAUUCCAUAAGCCUAUCACAAUGACCAUUCCAGUGCCCCCGGCCUCCGGAGAAGGUGUCUCCAACGGGUACAAGGGAGACACCACACCCAAUCUGCGCCUUCUCUGUAGCAUUACAGGAGGUACAUCGCCUGCUCAGUGGGAAGACAUCACAGGAACUACUCCUUUGACGUUUAUAAAGGACUGUGUCUCUUUUACAACCAACGUUUCAGCCAGAUUUUGGCUUGCAGACUGCCAUCAAGUUUUAGAAACUGUGGGGUUAGCCACACAACUGUACAGAGAAUUAAUAUGUGUUCCAUAUAUGGCCAAGUUUGUCGUUUUUGCCAAAAUGAAUGAUCCUGUAGAAUCCUCUCUGCGAUGUUUCUGCAUGACAGAUGAUAAAGUGGACAAAACUUUAGAGCAGCAAGAGAAUUUUGAGGAAGUUGCAAGAAGCAAAGAUAUUGAGGUUCUGGAAGGAAAACCUAUUUAUGUUGAUUGUUAUGGAAACCUGGCCGCACUUACCAAAGGAGGACAGCAACUUGUUUUUAACUUUUAUGCUUUCAAAGAAAAUAGACUGCCAUUUUCCAUCAAGGUUAGAGACACCAGCCAAGAGCCCUGUGGUCGUCUGUCUUUUCUGAAAGAACCAAAGACAACAAAAGGACUGCCUCAAACAGCUGUUUGCAACUUAAACAUCACUCUGCCUGCACAUAAAAAGGAGACAGAGUCAGAUCAAGAUGAUGAGACCGAGAAAACGGAUAGACGACAGAGCUUUGCAUCGUUGGCUUUACGUAAGCGCUACAGCUACUUGACUGAGCCUGGAAUGAAAACAGUUGAACGGAGUGCAGGACCAACGAGAUCCCUCCCCACCACUUACUCAUACAAGCCAUUCUUUUCUGCAAGAGCAUACCAGUCCUGCACAGCAGCUCCGAUGACAGUGCCCGGGCCGGCCACGUCAGGCUUCACUUCCUUAUCAAGUUCCUCCUCUAAUACGCCAUCAGCUUCUCCAUUAAAAUCAAUAUGGUCUGUUUCGACUCCUUCUCCAAUCAAAUCCACGUUAGGCGCAUCAACUACAUCUUCGGUUAAAUCCAUUAGUGACGUGGCAUCUCCAAUUAGAUCCUUUCGGACAAUUUCUUCGCCAAUAAAAACAGUGGUGUCACAGUCUCCAUACAGUAUCCAGGUUUCCUCUGGUACCCUGGUUAGAGCUCCCACAGUCACGGAGGCCUCGCCUUUAAAGGGGCUGGCAUCCAAUUCUACGUUUUCCUCUCGAACCUCCCCAGUGACUACAGCAGGAUCUCUUUUGGAGAGGUCGUCCAUUACCAUGACACCCCCUGCUUCCCCCAAAUCAAAUAUUAAUAUGUAUUCCUCGAGUCUGCCAUUUAAGUCAAUUAUCACAUCCACAGCACCGCUAAUAUCUUCACCUUUAAUGUCAGUGGCGUCUCCAGCUAAAUCAACAGCUGAUGUCAUUUCAUCAGCUAAAGUUACGAUGGCCUCUUCUCUCUCAUCACCCGUGAAACAGAUGCCUGGACAUGCAGAGGUAGCAUUAGUCAACGGAUCUAUUUCCCCUCUGAAAUACCCAUCAUCUUCAACUUUAAUUAACGGAUGCAAAGCCACUGCCACAUUACAGGAAAAAAUUGCUACAGCUACAAACUCUGUGAGCUCUGUGGCUAAUGGAGCCACUGACGCAGUUGAGAAAGUGUUCCCUACCACCACAGCAAUGCCGUUUUCCCCACUCAGGUCAUAUGUUUCUCCAGCACCAUCAGCUUUUCAGUCUCUAAGAACUCCUUCUGCAAGUGCACUCUAUACAUCCCUCGGGUCGUCAAUAUCUGCAACUACCUCAUCUGUAACUUCAUCAAUAAUAACAGUGCCAGUAUACUCUGUAGUCAAUGUUUUGCCAGAACCAGCACUAAAGAAACUUCCAGACUCUAAUUCACUUACAAAAUCAGCAGCAGCCUUGCUGUCGCCCAUUAAAACACUGACUACGGAGACACGUCCUCAGCCCCAUUUCAAUCGAACUUCAUCUCCAGUUAAGUCAUCUUUGUUCCUUGCACCAUCUGCCCUUAAGCUGUCUACGCCAUCUUCUCUAUCUUCCAGUCAGGAGAUACUAAAAGACGUGGCUGAAAUGAAGGAGGACCUAAUGCGGAUGACUGCAAUACUCCAAACAGAUGUGCCUGAGGAGAAGCCAUUCCAACCUGAACUCCCCAAAGAAGGGAGAAUCGACGAUGAAGAACCUUUCAAAAUUGUCGAGAAAGUGAAGGAAGACUUAGUGAAAGUUAGUGAAAUCCUUAAAAAGGAUGUCUGUGUGGAUAAUAAGGGACCACCCAAAUCACCAAAGAGUGACAAAGGACAUUCUCCCGAAGACGACUGGAUAGAAUUCAGUUCAGAAGAAAUCAGAGAGGCAAGACAACAGGCUACUGCGAGCCAUUCUCCAUCUCCGCCAGAGAGAGUGCAAGUCAAGGCAAAGGCUGCCUCCGAAAAGGAUUAUAACUUGACCCAAGUUAUUGAUUACCUAACAAAUGAUAUCGGGAGUAGUUCACUGACAAACUUAAAGUACAAGUUUGAGGAUGCCAAGAAGGAUGGUGAAGAGAGACAGAAACGAAUUUUAAAACCAGCAAUUGCCCUGCAGGAACACAAACUCAAAAUGCCUCCAGCCUCCAUGAGGUCUUCCACCUCCGAGAAAGAGUUAUGUAAGAUGGCCGAUUCCUUUUUUGGAACAGAUACUAUUUUAGAGUCUCCAGAUGACUUUUCUCAACAUGACCAAGAUAAAAGUCCCUUGUCUGACAGUGGCUUUGAAACAAGAAGUGAGAAAACACCUUCAGCCCCACAAAGCGCUGAAAGCACUGGUCCCAAACCACUUUUUCAUGAAGCCCCCAUCCCUCCGGUCAUUACAGAAACGAGAACUGAAGUGGUUCAUGUUAUCAGGAGCUAUGAGCCCUCAGCUGGAGAGGCGCCCCCGUCCCAACCAGAGGAGCCCACGUCACCCAAACCAUCACCUACUUUCAUGGAACUGGAACCAAAGCCCACCACUUCUAGUAUUAAAGAAAAAGUCAAAGCGUUUCAAAUGAAAACCAGUAGCGAAGAAGACGACCACGGUCACGUUCUGGGCAAAGGCAUGCGUGUUAAGGAAGAGACUCACAUAACCACAACCACCAGAAUGGUUUAUCAUUCUCCACCAGGCAGUGAAGGCACCUCUGAGAGAAUUGAAGAAACCAUGUCAGUCCACGACAUCAUGAAGGCCUUUCAGUCCGGGCGAGACCCUUCCAAAGAGCUGGCAGGUCUGUUUGAACAUAAGUCGGCAGUGUCCCCAGACGUUCACAAGUCUGCUGCUGAAACCUCAGCCCAGCACGCAGAGAAGGACAACCAAAUGAAACCCAAACUGGAGCGUAUAAUAGAAGUCCACAUCGAAAAAGGUAACCAAGCUGAGCCCACUGAAGUCAUUAUUAGAGAAACCAAAAAGCAUCCAGAAAAGGAAAUGUAUGUAUAUCAGAAAGACUUAUCCCGGGGAGAUAUUAACCUAAAAGAUUUUCUGCCAGAAAAACACGAUGCUUUUCCUUGUUCAGAGGAACAGGGUCAGCAAGAAGAAGAAGAACUCACUGCUGAAGAGUCGUUGCCUUCUUAUCUGGAGUCUUCCAGAGUAAACACUCCCGUGUCCCAAGAAGAAGAUAGUCGCCCUAGUUCUGCUCAACUCAUAUCUGAUGACUCUUAUAAAACACUGAAGCUUUUGAGUCAACACUCAAUAGAAUACCAUGACGAUGAGUUGUCAGAACUAAGAGGGGAAUCUUACAGGUUUGCUGAGAAAAUGCUUCUGUCAGAAAAGCUAGAUGUGUCUCAUUCUGAUACCGAGGAAUCAGUUACAGACCAUGCAGGACCCCCUAGCUCAGAGUUACAGGGGUCUGAUAAGCGGGCCAGAGAAAAAGUAGUCACUGCCCCCAAAAAAGAAAUUCUCUCCAAAAUCUAUAAAGAUGUGUCUGAAAAUGGUGUAGGUAAAGUGUCUAAGGAUGAGCAUUUUGAUAAAGUGACAGUGUUGCACUAUUCUGGCGAUGUUAGUAGUCCAAAACAUGCCAUGUGGAUGCGCUUUACUGAGGACAGAUUAGACAGAGGUAGAGAGAAGUUGAUAUACGAAGAUAGGGUGGACAGGACCGUGAAGGAAGCUGAAGAAAAACUGACUGAAGUGUCACAGUUUUUUCGUGACAAAACCGAAAAGCUCAAUGAUGAACUGCAGUCCCCAGAGAAAAAGCCACACCCUAGGAAUGGCAAAGAAUACUCAUCUCAAAGCUCUCCCGGUAGCAGCCCUGAGAAAGCACUGCUGACAGAACUGCUGGCAAACAGUGACGAGUGGGUCAAGGCGAGGCAGCGUGGCUGUGACAGACAAGGCUUCCCCAGAGCCGACGAGAAGGACGCAGUCAGUCUGCCCAGCAGCCCGGAGGUGGUUCCUUCCCAACAGACUGAGGAUGGCAAGUCCACGGAGGAAGCCAAAGGAAGUCGUUCACAGAGCAAAGAAUCUGAAGGGCCCCAGUCUGGGUUUCAGCUCAAACAAUCUAAACUCAGUUCCAUUAGAUUAAAAUUUGAACAAGGCGCGCAGGCCAAAAGUAAGGACGUUUCUCAAGAAGACAGAAAGCCAGAGGGCCAAUCUAGAAUCCCAGUUAAAAAAAUCCAGGAGAGCAAGCUACCUGUCUACCAAGUGUUCGCUAGAGAGAAACAGCAGAAGGCCACAGACCCUUCGGAUGAAAGUGUCCCUGUGCAAAAAGAUCUUACGGUAUUCAAAGCUAAAGAUGAUCAUGCCCAGAGCAAUGAAAUGGUUGUAAGUGAUUCUGGCUCUGACGAUGUGAGAAAACAGAGAACUGAAACGUCGAGUAAAGCGACGCCUGACUAUUUUUCUGAGCAACAGGCUAAAGACUUGGCAUGUCACGUAACCGCAGAAUUCGCAACCAAGGGACCGUGGGACAAAAAGAUCUUUAGAACGUGGGAAAGUUCUGGAGCCACGAACAAUAAGUCGCAGAAAGAGAAACUUUCGCAUGUACUUGUUCAUGAUGUAAGAGAGAAUCACGUUGGUCACCCUGAGAGUAAACCUGUUGAUCAGAGGGAUGAAUUUUUGUCUGUAACUGAGAGAGAACACAAAUUGUUAACAAAUGGCUCUCUCUCAGAACUUAAGGAAAUGACUGUAAAAUCUCCCUCCAAAAAAGUCUUAUAUAGGGAAUACGUUGUUAAAGACGGGGAACAUCCAGGUGGAUCUCUUGACCAACCUUCCAGGAGAAGUGAGAGCUCGGCAGUGUCGCACUCCCCAGUCAGGGCCGCGGAGGAAAGGAGGACGCCGUCUUCUGACAUUCCCGAUGGUGUUUGCAAGCAGUCGACAUUUCCAAAACGUGAACUAUCACAAAAGUUAUCCCAGUCAAGUAUGAGUACAGAGACAGUUGAGACACAGCACUUCAAUUCUAUAGAAGAUGAAAAAGUUACCUAUUCAGAAAUCAGCAAAGUUUCCAAACAUCAGAGUUACGUAGGCUUAUGCCCGCCUCUCGAUGAAACCGAGCUCUCCCCGACCAAGUCUCCUGAUUCUCUAGAGAUUAGCCCAGGAAAGGAAUCGCCCUCUAGUGAUGUAUUCGACCACAGUCCCAUUGAUGGAUUGGAAAAAGUUGCACCACUGGCCCAGACGGAGGGAGGGAAAGAGAUAAAAACUUUACCUGUUUAUGUCAGUUUUGUACAGGUGGGGAAGCAGUACGAAAAGGAGAUACAACAAGGAGGUGUAAAAAAAAUAAUAAGUCAGGAAUGUAAGACGGUACAAGAGACCCGGGGGACCUUUUAUACAACUAGACAGCAAAAGCAACCCCCUUCUCCCCAGGCUAGUCCAGAAGAUGAUACUCUAGAGCAAGUGUCCUUUCUAGACAGCUCUGGGAAAAGCCCUUUAACCCCAGAGACGCCCAGUUCAGAGGAAGUGAGUUAUGAAUUUACAUCUAAGACACCAGACUCGCUUAUAGCUUAUAUACCGGGCAAACCCAGCCCGAUUCCCGAGGUUUCGGAGGAAUCUGAGGAGGAGGAGCAGGCCAGGUCAGCCUCCUUCAAGCAGACUGCGGUGGAGGAGACGGCAGCCGUCAAGCACCAAACGCCUAACAAUGUGAGCAAAGACUCUAACCAAAGACUAAGAACUAACAGGGUUGCCUACAUUGAGUUUCCCCCUCCUCCACCGCUGGAUGCAGACCAGAUGGAGUCCGAUAAGAAACAUCCUUAUCUCCCUGAAAGAGAGGUUGACAUGAUUGAAGUCAGCCUGCAAGACGAGCAUGACAAGUACCGGCUGGCGGAGCCGGUCAUCAGGGUGCAGCCACCUUCCCCAGUUCCUCCCGGGGCGGACGUCAGUGACUCCAGCGAUGACGAGUCCCUCUAUCAACCAGCCCCGGUCAAAAGAUACACCUUCAAGUUAAAGGAGGUCGACGACGAACAGAAGGAAGUGACAAAAUCCAAAGCCUCCGCUGAAAAGGCUGCCACCCAGAAAGAAUCAGAAAUGAAUGGAUCUGGAAAAGAUACUGAAUUUGGCCUUGGCCUUGAUUCACCUCAGAAUGAAACUGCCCAGAAUGGGAACAAUGACCAGUCCAUCACAGAGUGUUCCAUUGCCACCACGGCAGAGUUUUCUCACGACACAGAUGCCACAGAGAUCGACUCUCUGGACGGCUACGACCUGCAAGACGAAGAUGACGGCUUGACGGAGAGUGAUUCUAAAUUCCCAGGUCAAACCCUGGAGCUGAAGAAAGAUGUCUGGAACACGGAGGGCAUUCUGAAGCCAGCUGACCGCUCCUUUAGCCAAAGCAAGUUGGAAGUUAUCGAGGAGGAGGAGGGAAGGGUGGGGCCAGAUGAAGAGAAGCCAUCUUCUAAAAGCUCUUCAUCUGAAAAGACUCCCGCUAAGACUGAUCAGAAGUCGGGGGCCCAAUUUUUCACACUAGAAGGCAGACAUCCUGACAGAUCAGUGUUUCCUGAUACUUAUUUCAGUUACAAAGUAGAUGAAGAAUUUGCCACUCCUUUUAAGACAGUAGCUACCAAAGGUCUAGAUUUUGACCCCUGGUCUAAUAACCGAGGGGACGAUGACGUUUAUGACAGUAAAUCGCGGGAAGAUGAAACUAAGCCAUUUGGUCUGGCUGUGGAAGACCGCUCUCCAGCAACCACCCCUGAUACAACGCCAGCCCGAACGCCAACUGACGAAAGUACCCCUACUAGUGAGCCUAACCCCUUCCCAUUUCAUGAAGGAAAAAUGUUUGAGAUGACUCGCAGUGGUGCAAUUGACAUGAGCAAGAGGGAUUUUGUUGAAGAGAGGCUCCAAUUUUUCCAGAUUGGUGAGCAUACUUCUGAAGGGAAGUCAGGGGACCCGGGGGAAGGGGAUAAAAGUACAGUCACUGCCAUACCACAGCCACAGGCAGGGGACACCACUGUAGAAACCAAUCUAGAGGGAAAUGUAGAGGCACCUACAGUGGAACCUAACCCCAGCAUCCCGACCAGCGGAGAGUGUCAGGAAAGCACAUCCAGUAGUGGCUCCCAGGAGAAAGCAGCAGCGGCCACUAACACCUCUAAACUUGACCCCAAGCUGCGCACGCCUAUAAAAAUGGGAAUUUCUGCGUCCACCAUGACCUUGAAGAAAGAAGGCCCUGGAGAAGUGACAGAUAAGAUAGAAGCUGUGAUGACCAGUGGUCAGGGAUUAGAGAAUGAACCUGUAACAGUGAUUUCAAAUACAGCCGAUAGCCACAUGGGCGUUAGGCCCCAAGAAAAACAUGAUUUUCAAAAAGAUAACUUUAAUAACAACAACAAUUUGGAUUCUUCCACUAUACAGACAGAUAACAUUACAAGUCAUGUAGUUCUGACAGAACAUUCUGCACCCACUUGUACCACAGAGAAAGCUAAUCCAGUGAAAAGCUCAUCAGGAAAAAAGACAGGGGUACUGCAAGGACACUGUGUGAGAGAUAAACAGAAAGUUCUUGGAGAGCAGCAAAAGACAAAGGAAUCGAUAGGGAUUAGGCGAAAAUCCAAACUUCCCAUAAAGGCCACUUCACCAAAAGAUCUCUUCCCACCAGAUCAUAUGCCAAACAUUCAUGUGAGUAAAAUGAAGCAGGUUAGUCAAUCUGAGAAAACCAAAACCCUUACUGCUUCUUCACGUGUAGAUGUAAAGUCCAGAAUUCCAGUGAAGAAUACACACAGGGACAACACAGGUUCAGUUAGAAAACCGUGUGCUACACAAAGGCAGGGGCAGCCAGAGAAAGGCAAGGCCAAGCAGCUUCCAUCCAAGUUGCCAGUAAAGGUAAGAUCCACCUGUGUCACCACCGUCACCACCACCACCACCACCACUACCACUACCACAGUUAAAGUUAGGAAAAGUCAGCUUAAGGAAGUAUGUAAACACUCCAUUGAAUAUUUUAAGGGAAUUAGUGGUGAGACCUUAAAGCUUGUGGACCGCCUCUCUGAAGAAGACAAAAAGAUGCAGUCCGAGUUGUCCGAUGAGGAAGACAGUACCUCAAGAAACACGUCGUUGUCCGAGACUUCCCGGGGUGGCCAGCCUUCGGUUACAACGAAGUCUGCUAGAGAUAAGAAAACAGAGGCAGCACCUUUAAAAUCAAAGAGUGAAAAGGCCGGCAGUGAGAAAUGGAGCAGUAGGAGGACUGGUCCACAGAGUCCAUGUGAACGGACAGAUAUCAGGAUGGCAAUAGUAGCCGAUCACCUGGGACUUAGUUGGACAGAACUGGCAAGGGAACUGAAUUUUUCAGUGGAUGAAAUCAAUCAAAUACGUGUGGAAAAUCCAAAUUCUUUAAUUUCUCAAAGCUUCAUGUUAUUAAAAAAAUGGGUUACCAGAGACGGAAAAAAUGCUACAACUGAUGCCUUAACUGCGGUCUUGACAAAAAUUAAUCGAAUAGAUAUAGUGACUCUGCUAGAAGGACCAAUAUUUGAUUAUGGAAAUAUUUCAGGCACCAGAAGUUUUGCAGAUGAGAACAAUGUCUUCCAUGACCCUGUGGAUGGUUGGCAGAAUGAGACAUCAAGUGGAAACCUAGAGUCCCCUGCUCAAGCUCGAAGAAUAACUGGUGGGUUACUAGAUCGACUGGAUGACAGCCCUGACCAGUGUAGAGAUUCCAUUGCCUCGUAUCUCAAAGGGGAACCUGGAAAAUUUGAAGCAAAUGGAAGCCAUGCAGAAGUCACUCCAGAAGCAAAGACAAAAUCUUACUUUUCAGAAUCCCAAAAUGAUAUAGGGAAACAGAGUGCAAAGGAAACUCUGAAACCAAAAAUACAAGGUUCUGGUCGUGCUGAUGAACCAGCAUCAUCACUAGCGGCGUAUCAGAAAGCUCUAGAAGAAACCAGCAAGUUUGUCAUAGAAGAGCCUAAACCCUGUGUGCCUGUCAGUAUGAAAAAGAUGAGUAGGACUGCUCCUGCAGAUGGCAAGCCAAGGCUUAACCUCCAUGAAGAAGAAGGAUCCAAUGGGUCUGAGCAAAAGCAGGGAGAAGGUUAUAAGAUGAAGACGAAGAAAGAAAUCCGGCACGUGGAAAAGAAGAGUCACUCAUAAGAGUACAUGGUCAGUCAAGGUGGAUCAUAUUGUUUUUAUUGCCAGUACUGAGAAAUUCAUGGAAGAUAAGUCAGCAGGAAGUAAAAAUUUACGGAGAAUGGUGUGUGUGUUUGCUGCUUCCACACAUUAAUGGCAUGAUUUUUUUUUUUUAUGCAAAAAGAAAAAAAAAGGAAAAGAAAACCACCCACAUUUUAAUUUAGCAUGAGCCAAUUUACAGAGCAUGAAAAUUCACUUUCAUUCCCGGGAUUGGCACGUGUGCAAUUAGCAAUGCAGUGUAUAUACGAGAAGCCAUGCUGUUAACAGUUUAUCUCAAGUAAUUUGGUGUCAUUUACAAAAGGAAGAAAUUCCUGCCGCCAGAAGAGACAGAAGGAGAUGGAAUGAUCAAAUCACGGAGAAACACUAAAAUUACUAAAUCCACAACAGCUCGCCUUAUUUUUCUUGGACCCAAACUGUCAGGGUAUAAACACUAUUUGUUUCUUUUUUAAAACAUCUAUAGUUUUGCUGUAAAUAAUAACACUGUAUAAAUUCUAACAGAAAAAUGGAAUAAAUGUCAAUAAGGCACUGCCUCUUGGAACACAAAGAGAAUAUUGCAGAUGCAUUUAACAUAACGGGGGUCUCAAGUGACUUCACCCCAAAAGAAGGAGGAGGGGUUAUGGGUACGGGGAUCUUCACCGAUUCUUGUAUAUUAACAAUUAUAAUGUUUGUAUACGCAAAACUGCUAGCUUGAUUUUAAAAAAACAAAUCUUUAAAAUCUGCUGCAAAUUUAAAUAAUUCCCAAAAUGAGGAAUUCUGUAGUUCUGUGAAAAAAAUUUUUUUCUUCAGAAUACUAAUAUUUUGAUGCAUGUGUAUCACCUUAUUUUGAUUAAAUCUUUUCCAAUUUUGCAAACACUACAGUAUACUGCAACACAGAAGAUUUUAUCUGUAAACACAAAGCCCUUCAUCUAAUAUUUGUUGCUAUUGCCAAUUUUUCAAUGAAAUGACCUAAAAAUGAAAAAAAAAAAUAACCUAUACGGUAGUUGCUUUGGGGGAGGGGGGUGCUGGUAGUGCUUAAAAGGGUAAUGCUUGCCGCUUUAGAGGUGGUCGGUGCUCAUCAGAGGCCCCUGGCAGGGGUAUUUUCAGUGGACUGCACAGAAAUUCUUAGCUAGUAGAAUGGCAGCACGCUGUAAACUUAUUCCUGUAUCGUGUACUGGCUGUAAGAUGUAGACACCUUUCAGUAAGCCAAUCAUUUGUAACCAUUCUAGCCAUGUCAUAUUAGGUUAAUAAGGCUGCUGUGUUUUAAAGGGCAUUUUUAUUUGGGUUUUGGUGAAAUCCUUUAAUUUGUUGAUUAUAUUCAUAUAAAAUCAGCAUUUAUUGACACAUAGCUCUAAUGACAUAUGUAUGAGAAACCAUACACUGGAUGACCUAGUCGAUUAUUUAAGCAUAAAAUAAAUUGUGUUAAACUCUUCACCUA